UAUGGGGUACUGCAUCCUCUUUGUCCAUGGUCUGAAAAAGCUGACUACGUGGUUAAAUAAGUGGAGAAUUACUGUUCUGACUCUCUUUGCUUUACUGCUGCUGCUGUUCUCUUGGAAGACCGUGAAACAGAAUGAAAUCUGGCUCUCCAGAGAGUCCCUGUUCAGCUCAGGAGUGAGGACUCUACCCCACAACGCCAAGGUGCACUACAACUAUGCCAAUUUUCUGAAAGACCAAGGCCGUAACGUCGAAGCGAUCUACCACUACAAAACUGCUCUCAAACUGUACCCUCGACAUGCAAGUGCUCUCAACAACCUGGGGACAUUGACCAAAGACGUGGUGGAGGCAAAGGAUUACUAUAGACGGGCCCUGCAGUUAAACCCUCAGCACAAUCGAGCUCUCUUCAAUCUCGGCAAUCUGCUCAAGUCUCAAGGGAAGAAGGAGGAGGCUGUAAUCUUACUGAGGGACUCCAUCAAAUAUGGCUCAGACUUCGCAGAUGCCUACUCAAGCCUGGCCUCACUGCUGGCUGAACAGAGUGGGAACACUCUCACUUCACACACGUGCAGCAAAGUGCACAAGCCUGAGGCUAUCUGGAGAGAUCUAUUGGACUGCUGCUUUAGAGAUGACUUGUUCAGUAUGGAAGACAACUCAAUGAAUAAUUACACUCACGUGGAACGGCUGAAGGAAGCAGAGGAGGUCUACAAGGCUGGCAUAGAGAAUUGUCCAGAGAGCUCCGAUCUGCACAACAACUAUGGUGUCUUCUUGGUUGAUACCGGGGCUCCUGAAAGAGCCGUGUCCCACUACAGACAGGCCAUCCACCUGAGCCCCACGCACCAUGUCGCCAUGGUCAACUUGGGGAGGCUUCACCGCUCCCUGGGUCAGAACAAAGAGGCCGAGGCAUGGUACAAGCGGGCACUGAAGGUAUCCCGCAAGGCUGAAAUCCUUUCCCCACUGGGGGCUCUGUACUACAACACGGGGCGAUAUGAAGAAGCUCUGCAAGUUUAUAGAGAAGCAGCAUUACUGCAGCCUUCAAACAAAGAGACCCGACUGGCUUUGGCCCAGGUGUUAGCAAUGAUGGGGCGGACGAAGGAAGCAGAGAAGAUGACAAACCAUAUACUUGAUGAAGAUGUGGAGUGUCUGGAGUGCUACCGCCUUCUGUCAGCCAUCUACAGCAAGCAGGAGCACUAUGCUAAGGCACUUGAAGCUAUAGAUAAAGCUCUUCAGCUAAAACCAAAGGAUCCGAAAAUCAUAUCAGAGCUCUUCUUCACUAAAGGAAACCAGCUGAGAGAACAGAAUCUCCUUGAUGAGGCUUUUGAGAACUAUAAACGGGCUGUGGAGCUCAAUUCUGACCAAGCUCAGGCCUGGAUGAAUAUGGGAGGCAUUGAGCACAUCAAGGGAAACUACAUCACUGCCCGUGACUACUAUGAGAAAGCUUUGCAGCUGGUACCAAACAGCAAGUUGCUAAAGGAGAAUCUGGCCAAGCUCGAUCGCUUGGAGAAACGGUUUCAGGAAGUCCAGGAGAAAGAUCAGACAUAGCAUUCAGUCACACCAGUGGAAAGAAACUCGUACCCCUUGGAGAAGAAUGUGGUGGAAGCCUAUUGCUCAAAGGAAUUUUGGCAGGACUCAGAGUUACAGAAGGCAAUUUUUGAAUGCAUGCUUACGUUUGAUCAAAUAACAGGAGGCACUCUGCUCCUGUGGGACAUGCUGGAGAACGAAUUAAAACCUUCCUUUAAUCAAGAUUUAUGUUUAGGCUGAACCCAUUUUAAUCACACCGUGAGUGGUGGAACAUAUAACUCCAAUAUCAUGGUUAUCACUAGGGAUGCCAUGGGGACAGAGCACUCAUUCAUUGAAGCAGGGGUGAAGUAGCACCUCCUGUUCCUCAACGCAGGCUCACCUUGUCCACAGAGAGCACCACUGAUGAGCUUUGUUGCAAGUGCUGCUAGGUCCAUCUGAGCCAGAAAGGAUGGUCCUAUAGGUCACAUAAAAAGGUUUCAAGGGGUUGAUGUUGAGGAAAUGGUGGCGACUAAUACAGCUCUAAAUGUGACUUGAAGAUGAUUCUAAAGAGAGGGAAAGCAGUAUCUGAAUACCACCCUAGAAGGAUAAUUGAACAAGAGGGACAAAUGACCCUUUGAGGAAAAACCUCAGCUGAAUGUUUUAUGCAUAUGAUAGUCAUUUUGUAAUAAUUUGGGUACAUGAUAUCAAUAUUGUCAAAUACCAUGUAGCUUUACCCUUGCCCUCUCCCUGCAGGACAAAUAAUUACUAUCCUGCAAAAAUGGAAGUAUUCAAAGGCAGUAAGAAACUCUAGGAUUACUUGUCUUCCUGUCCAGUCCCCAGUAAAAAACAAACAAACAAAAAAAGAAAACAAAAACAAUAAAACUGAUUGGUGUAGGAGGUAAAGUAAAGCCACAGAAUGAUUAGGGAAGAUUUGGCAGGCUGGGAGGGUGCUAAGGAGGCUUUUUAUGGGUGCGCAGGGACAAAGCCCAUUCAUCAUGGUGAUAACACUGACAAAACACUUCAUCAAAGUGUUCUCACCACCUCCCCUAAGAGAUGCAGAAAAUAAGCUAUAGCUAAUCAGUCAUAAAUCUCUAUUUUUAAAUACUGAAAUGGAAAAACAAGUUCUCUUCAGAAUUGGGGUUUUUAUUUUUGAGCUUUAUUUAUUUAACUUAUAACCAAAUGAUUAAUAUAUUUUCUCUGUUUUAUAUGAAUUGGGCAGUGUCAUUCACAGCUGGCCACGUGGCUGGGCUUUGUCACUUGUAUCGUCUGAAGUCAGAAAAGUGCAGCACCACUGAAGUGUGCUUUAAUAAUUCCCCCUGAUGAUAAUUCUAGAGUAAAUGGCUGUGGAGCACAUUGGGCCAAACUUCAUCACAGUAACAGCACUGCUGUUCGUUCUGUUUGUACCAAUUUAGAGAAAGCAUGAAUGGUUGGUGAUGUUGCACUUGGUGGUCCUGCCUUUGGGUGUUGAUAUCAAUUUGUUCUUCUUGCUGCAGAAAACUGCUCUAAAACGUGUAUUGAAGCGUGGUUGUGCCCAGUCCCUGCAGAGGAGCAGCCCAGGGUUUGGCAUUGAUGCAUGUCUUGUCAGAAAGAGCCUGUGUGGCAGUGAUCUGUAUGUUGCCCAGGUUUACUUAGUGGUGGUCAUGACAGCCCUGUGCUGGCUUCACUGGCUUGAUUUACAAAACUUGGUGUCAUGCUGCUGCAGUUGGCCAAAUUAUUGAUGUAAAGCAGCUGCAUCUGAUGCUGAGAGGGAAUCCAGAGCAGCAUAGACAUCUGCUCUGCUACAGCCUGGGGAGCAGCUAGAGCCAUGGAGAGGCCGGAGUUGUGAGGUGCCAGGUCCUGCAGUCCAGUAAAGCCAAGACCAAGGAGAUCAGCCGGUGCUUGCAGUUGGGCAGAGGCCAGCUCCUCGAGUUGGUGGGAGGAAGAGGUCAUUGGUAGGAGAAGGUGCUGAUCUAUUUCUGGGCUUUCUUCCUUCAAACUAACUUUGUUAAUUCCAAAGGAACAGCUAGGACCAAGAGAAAGCUUCUCCCUGGUGGAUUAUUCCUCCCAGCCUCCUUGCCUUUAGAGGGUGAGGGUAGGUUUGAGGGCUUGGGGAUGGAUCAGCAGCAGCUCUUGUCUGGUUGCACAACUUUUAUAGCCAUAGACUUAUUGACAUAACAUUUCUGCAAGUUCCCAGUGCCAGUGCUGCACUUGAUGCCUUGCAUGGAGUAGCUUUGCACAGCCCAGGCGCUGCCAGGGGUCCUAUUAGCAGAAUCCUGUGGGAUGCUGGGUGGGGAAACCAGCACACAGAUGGCCUCUUAGAGCUAUUGAUCUCCAUCACGCAUAGCAAAGCUGUAGAGGUUUCAUAUCCAAGAUAAUCAGAGGUACUUGGACCAUACUAAGCAGCAAGGAAAAAUAGCCUGGGCCUUACCAAGAACCACAGGCUCUUCUCAUUAUGGUCCGGUAAAGUGCCCUGCCUUUCUCCAGACACGUUCACCAGGGGGCUGGCUGUCUGCUGUACUGCUGGGCAGCAGCAAGGUUGGGGCUGGCAGGGAUGUGCCUGGUGCAGACCCUGACACAGUGCUGUGCAGAGACCCUGCUAGGAGGCAUGUGGAGAGAGUGCUCCGACACCCAGUGAAGCAGGGAAUGGGCCAGGGGAGAUGUAUAUCCUAUAAAGUUUGUCUCAUAAAGAUAUAUUAAAUAAAUACUGUAUAUUCUACAAGCUGCACAAUAGUGUUGCUUUAAAAUGUGGCCAAUUAAACGUAUUUUUUUACGUAAAUUAAAAAAAAAAAAAAGUUUAAUUUUUUAUAACAGUGCUUUGUGAGGGGAAUGAUUCGGUUUUGUGUUUAUAACUUUAGCUUAAAACUUCAUUUGUCUUUCUUGAGAGACCUGGUACAAAUGUCUUGUUCUCCUAGAAUCGAAUCCAGUCCAAGCCAUCUUGGCCUCCUAAAGCUGCUGCACGUGUGUAAGUACGAUAAGGCUUUGGGUGCCCCCUCCCAGGUCCUGGGAAAGGAUUACCAUGAUGGUAAUGCUGUCUUCCUUGCAGAAUAAUCUAGAAAGAUCAGAUUCUCCUUCCAUUGAGGGAGGCAGGUUGGCUGGAAGGCAUGUCUCAUGUUCAUCCAGUCUUCUGAAAGAGGCUAUAACAUGUUCAUGUAGAAUAAUCCCAGCUGAUCUGGUUACGUUUCUGUGACGAAAGACUGUAUUUAUGGUAGUUACUGAGAGAAGGGUGGUUAAUGACCCCCAGAUUCCCAAAGCAGCACUUUAUACCCUAUCUAUGCAGGGUGAUGGUGUGCGAAUUGGCAGAGUAUCUGGAGAGUGAUUCAGGCCAUGAGCUACCAAAGCAGUUAAACGCUCGCGAAGUUUUGAGCUGACUCCCUGUCUCAUUGGCUCCCAUCUAAAAUGCUGUGUUUAUUCAGGACAUUAAUCUUGUAAAAGAUUUAUUGUAGGUAAAGAAGAGCAAUGGAAUAUAAUACGAAAUGGGUUACCUCCACCAAAAGAGAGUACGAUUGUGAAGGAUAAAUAGAGCGACUUACUUUGUGAUAAACUGAGUAUUAUCCAAACAUCAUAGGAAAUGUCCUCUUCUUCUAGCUCUGCAUGGCUCAUAAAAUAAUGAAUUAUAAAUACAUUGUUUUCUGCCAACUGCGGUGCUCAGCAUGGUUAGCAGAGAUUACAAAUUAAUAAAUGGCUGAAGCUCCA